AGAUUCAAACAAACAAUACUAAUUUAAAUUUAAAUUUCCGCAGACAUUUUUUUUAUUGUUUGGAAUUACAUUGGUCUCCUAGUUAGUAUUCAGUGUUGAAUAUAAAUAGUCUCUGUUGAUAUAUAAACUUCUUCAUUGAAUUGAUCACAAUUAUCUAUAUUUUCAAUGUGAUGAUAUUUCUGACAGCAAUUAGCAUUCGGAUUAUUGAUACGCAUUUUGUCCAUAAAUUCAAUGUAACGAAUCACGGUUCGUCGAUCUGUCGGUUUUGUCUCUGUUAACUAAAUAAUUAGGUAUAUUUCUUUAGUCUAUUGUAUUAUCAUGAAUGUCAUUUUUGUUGGUGUGUGUGUGUAGUUGGAAUGUCCAGUCUUUGAAGAAUAAACAUAACAUGUAUUUUCAAUAUUUCUAUUGAUUACAGAUUAUUACAUAAUAUCAACGAAGAUUGCCCAAUAUAAAUAACUUUGUACAAGUAUACACAUUUAUCCUUUAUGUCAACAUCACAAGGAUUUAUAAAAACUGUUAUGGUAUUAUUAGAAAGUACCAGUGGUUCAAGACAUUGUAUAGUUGGUUUUCGACCUCGUCUAGCUAAUAAUCGUAAAGAGAAAGUUGCAUUUGAUCCACUUGUUCAACAAAAUGUAUUAUAUCGUGAAUUACGCAAAAUACGCUCAUUGAAAAAAGCGGGAAGUUAGGCUAUAUCUAUAUUAGAUAAAUACAAUGUACAUUGAUUCAUCAUUUUGUUAUAAAUAAAUAAAUAAAUUUUUCACUUC